GCUCUCUCUCUCUCUCUCUCUCUCUCUCUCUCUCUCCAUUUUCCCACGUAAAUGAGCGCCGCCGCCGUCGCCGCGGCGGCGCCGGAGAUGUUCCCCCGGCGCCACCACUCGCGGCGGAGCACCACCUCCCUCCUCCUCCUCCUCCGCCCACUCCGCGGCGCCACUCCGCCGCUCUCCGCCGCGUCCGCCUCCCUCUUCCGCCGCGGCUCCCGCGACCCCCGCAGGAGCCCCAGACCAUUGCGGAACCGGGGCAGGGAGGCGGAGCCCCCGCACGGCCUCGACGGCGCCGCGGCGGCGCUCGGCCGCCUCCGCCGCCGCUCCGCGGCGGAGAUCCGCCGCUUCAUCGACGAGGGUGCGGAGGCCUACCGCGACCUCCGGAGCGCCGUCCGGGUCGAGCGCGGCAACCGGGUCGUGUUCUCGUGCCGCCGAUCGUCGCUCGUCUUCGUGUCCAACCUGCUCCUCUGGAGCUUCGCGGCCGUUCUCGCGGCUAGGGUUUUGGCGUGGCUGGGGUUAGGGUUUCGGUCCCGGUGGGGUUUCGGGGACUGGGCGGUGGUGAGGAGGGACCGGAGCUUGGGGGGGAGGGAGGUUGUGGUGGGGAAGAGGUAUAGGCGGAGGGAUGCGGAGAGGUGGAAUUCUAGGGUUUCGGUGAACCCCCUUUCGCCAGUAAAGGGCUCUGAGGCGAAGUUUCCGGAGAUCUCCAUUGGAAGGCGAGCUUCGAGGAGGGAGGAGCUGCCGAAAUGGUGGCCGGAGAAGGUCUCUUCUUCUCCGACGAUCACCGUCGGAGAGGAGUUCCAAAGGGAGGCUAAUCGAUUAGUCCGAGCUAUCAUGGAUAAUAGAAUGAGCGGGAAGGAUUUUAAAUAUGAUGAUAUGAUUCAACUUAGGCAGUUGUGCAAAGUUUCUGGUGUAAAGGUCUCCUUUGGAACAGAGAAUGUACGCGAUUCCUUUUAUAGGACAGCAGUAGACUUUGUGCUGGAUGCAUGCAGCAGAGCAGUGCAACCCAUCGACAAAAUCCAAAUAAAUGGUGAGGAGCCAAGGAUAUUCAUCUCUGGGUUGGCUCAUGAUAUUGGACUGCAAAAUACUCGUGCCGCUACUCUUAUACGUGCUGCUGUUGCGGCCCGCACGCGUGCAUGCUUUUUGCAAUGUUGGGCGUUAGAAGUUCAAGGAAAACGAUUCGAAGCGCUAGACGAACUACGAAAAAUCUGUUCAAUCCAUCAAAUUUUCCCUCCAGAAGAACAAUCUCCGGAAAUGGAGAUGGUGGCGAGCGGUCUCAAGAGAAAUUUACGAGAGGAUCAGAGGGAACACUUGUUCUCUCUAUACAGAGGGGUUUGUGAUGCUGGUAAUUUCAUGACAGCAGAAGAAGCUUUGGGUCUGAGACUGGAAAGAUGAUUAGUUGCCGAAACACGUGCGACUUCUCCCGUUAUAUGCUGUGGAGGAUCAUAUUACUACUAUUGCUACAACUUACCGACUGCAAUAUGAUCACCGCCACCUUUGGUCUCCUCUGGCUCAUCUCAUGAAACUGAAAAUGGCUUCCAAUUAUACUUCUGCCGAAACAGGAAGUGCAUAAUUGAUGAUUUGGAUACGAGCUAUAUGGAUUUUGAAACGCAGUUGCCUCGCAUUCCAUAAUUUCUAUUCUUCAAACAACACAAAAUGUAGUCUUGUGAUAUAGAGAUUCCCCAUUCAGUUAACCAUUUUGUUCCUUUCCGUGAUGAGAUGUAAUUCGAGAUCGAUUGAAUCCUUGAUUGUUAUAAUGCUUACUCUGGGUUCUUUUUCAUACUAUAGAGGUGUUUCACUAUUCAGUUGGAAA